AUGAUAGAAUAUGAAGGCGCCUUUUCCUUCAAAAUCGGUGAAAAUGUCACCCAGGCCACAAAUAUCGACUGGGAAGACUGCCCAGAAACGUCUUCGUCAGGUAAACCAUUUUCGCCGCGCCGAAUCAUUCAGAAAAUACACCACUCCCAUAUUCGGGGCCUAUUUUGCAAAGGAAAAGAGCGGUUGAACAAGGUUCAAGACAGGUGCAGAAUCGAGAAUAUUCCCCUGCCCCUCGUCAAACAGGAUCUUCAAGCAGGGCAAGAGUGGAUUAAAGGCCCCAUGCUCUGUGCUCUGGCAACGGGAGCAAUUGGUGUUUUGAAUGUGAUCCUCACAGUAACUGCGGCCGGCAUCGCGUACUCGAAGAAGGCAGGCGAUACCCACGCUACAUAUGCAGAGGUUUACCAGGGUGACUGUUCAGUUACCAGUGGUUGGGCAACCGGAAUGCACCUCGUUAUCAACGUGCUCAGCACUAUCCUGCUGGCCGCUAGCAACUAUGUCAUGCAAAGCCUGAGCGCACCGUCGCGAGCGGAUGUCGACAAGGCCCAUUCAAAAGGGGACUGGUUGGACAUUGGAAUCUUUAGCAUUCGGAAUCUCUGGCUCAUGGAUGCCAAGCGCAAGAUCCUCUGGGUUCUACUUUUUAUCAGUUCAUUCCCCAUUCAUAUGGUGUAUAACACGACCAUCUUUUCGUCAAUAAGCACUGUAGAGUAUGGAGUUGUUGUGAUACCAAGCAAUCUUGGGAGAAAUGAAUCACUCGUCAAGGAUAAAUACGAAGCGGAGGCGUUCUACCAGUUGGUUGGUUAUACUCCGGAGGAUAUACUCGCUCGAAGAUUCGACGGCACGUUCCGCGAUUUGAGUAUUCCGGAUUGCUUCAAAACUUACAAUCAGGAAUUUAACACCAAGGGAGGCACGGUUCUACUUGUCACGGACAGGGAGAACCUCGGGGGAUCUUCUAGCGCUGCCUCUUCCCAGCAGUUGAUGGGAUAUGAGAAGGGAUGGUUGGGUUACCAAGCAGAUUCAAUAGCCCAGUCAGAUGUGGAAAGCUUCAGGCUUGAGUCUCAACACUGGAACUAUCCAGAAUGGUCGUUCAAGAGCGAGAGGAGCAACGAUUGGGGUGGCUUGACGUAUUUAUGUAGCCAGCGACAAGGACCGGACUACGCAGCCUGUUACGACGUAUCGGAAGACACACGCACACUUCAAGCUUUCAUUUGGAAUACAAAUCCGAGUGAAGCGCAAGUGGGCGACUUUCUCAACACGGCGUCGAAUUGGCGGAACAGUUCGUGGGCAGCCGGGAUUUCGUUUCGCAUCGACACCCCUUCGGAAGCCGACAAGGGAUAUUCUCUACUGGCAGGAUGCUCCUGUGAUGACCGGGAUUAUGGUGAUGUUCCUAACAAUAUCACGAUAUCAGGCUGCAUGGCCAGCGACGCUAAGCAACACUGUCAGUUGUAUUUUAGCUUGCCGAUAUGCAUUGCGGUGAUUGCAUGCAAUAUCAUCAAAGUCCUUUGCAUGUAUAUGACGGCGAAAACAGGCCGCAAAGAGAUUUUUCUGACAAUCGGUGAUGCGCUGUCUUCACUUCUGGACAACCCUGAUGCAUCAACACGAGGCGACUGCUUUCUGUCUGGGAAAGACACGACACUUGGACUGCGACAGUGGACUAGACGUACUCUAGGGAUGCCAUUCAAGAGUGCUCCGGCCAGUAUGUCGACAACCCGGGAGGCAUGUCCUCUACUGCUUCCAAAACGGAAGAGAUGGGUUCAGGCCGCGAGCUGGAGACGCUGGGCCUUUACUUAUAUCGUGUUUCUUGCCUGUCUGGCCGUCUCCGGAUAUCUGUAUUAUCUCGCAACACGCUAUCUUACGCGCGGCUUUUCGGAGGUCAGUAACCUGGGCAUGGGAAAGGCAAGCGGGUCAACAAUCCUCGAGCUCAGCGUGGGACAGCACCUCAUUGCUCUAGCACUCCUGGCCAACACACCGCAGCUUGUAUUCUCAGCCCUAUACCUCUUAUGCAAUGGGGUAUUUACGUGCAUGGCGGCCAUAGCCGAGUAUAACAAUUUUGCUCUUCAGCGAAAGCCCCUUCGGGUCUCCUGGCCAAAAGGCGAGCAGCGGUCAACCCACUACCUCAGUCUGCCAUACCGAUACAGUGUGCCGCUCAUCACAGUCUCAGUUGCUAUGCACUGGCUUCUCUCUCAAGCUAUAUUUCUGGUGAAGAUAAAUACCUUCGGUAAACGCAGCGAAAGUCUUGAACAAAGCGAUUAUUCAUUGAAUGGAUCUACUCAGGCAUGCGGAUACUCCCCUCUGGCGAUCUUCAUAACCAUCAUCGUGGGAGUAGCUGCUAUCGCAACCCUUUUCGGCUUCAGUCUUAGACCUCUACGCUCGAAUAUGCCAUUGGCUUCCUCCUCCAGCUCUGCAAUCAGUGCAGCUUGUCAUCCGCCGCCGGGGGAUGAGGACGCGUCGAUGAAGCCAGUGAUGUGGGGAGAAGUGCGUCAGGAUUCGAACGAUGCUGCAUUUUCGUAUCAGUCUACUAUUGAAGAUAGUGCGGGAGACUGGAGACACUGCACGUUUACUUCGAAGGAAGUCACUACACCUGGAUAA